AUGGCUAAUAAUGUUAAAUCCGAAAUUGUUUCCAUAGAUGUUGAAAAGGAUUUGUCAAAACGUGAUAGAGGAAUUAACAGAACAGAAAUAGAAGACAAUGCAACAAAUACUCUAGCAGGAUCACAAGCUGCUGUCAAAACAGAAAUAACUUCUGACCAUACUGAAACAUAUAAUAAAAGAUCUCAAGAAAAUGGGGAACAUAAAAACAUAGCUUUAGAAACUUAUAUGGAAGAUAAUACAAUUGAAUCAUCCGAAUCUAAUGAUGAUACUAUUAUGCCAAUUGAAAACUGUGUUGCAACAAUUGGAGAAGAAACAAAUGAUAGUACACCACAAACUAGUGGUGUCACUGAAGGUUUUUUCAAUAUUAACAACCUAAAUAAGGGUCAAAAUGAAAAAGUGUCUCGAAGAAAAGUUAAGUUAGUUGUGAAACGAUAUGAAUGCUAUAUUUGUAAAAAAUCUUUUGCUCAAAGUAGUCAAUUAACAUAUCAUCUACGAACGCAUACAGGUGAGAAACCUUAUGAAUGUGAUGUAUGCAAGAAGGCAUUUACUCAAAGAAUUCAUUUAACUACACAUUUGCGCAUUCACACUGGUGAAAAGCCCCACGAAUGUGAUAUAUGUAAGAAGUCUUUCACUGACAGAGGAAAUCUAGGACGGCAUGUAAAAUUACAUGUUGGUAUGAAACCAUAUGAAUGCGAUAUAUGCCAUAAAUCCUUUGUGCAAAAUAGUCAUUUGACAAGCCAUUUGAGAUCACACACUGGAGAGAAGCCCUUUGAAUGUGAAUUUGCAAGAAAGGAUAUUCUCAAAGGUAUUUAUUGA